GCCAAACAACGAGACAACAACCUGGGAGCCAAACAAUGCAAGUGGAACCCAAUCCUUAACUUCUUCCGCCAGUCCUUCCGACUCCACUCCCUCGGGACUCCCUAUUCGGCGCAAUGUCGUUGUCCUCGUUUCCUGGGGUAGCGUUGCCUGCCUUGCCUUGUUCCUCUUGUUUUUUCCUGUCUCUUGAUCAUGACCCGUCACGCAUCUCAUAAUGGCCGCCCCUGCCACAUCCGUUAAGGAGGUCAUCCAGAAGAAGCCCGAGGGCCUGGACCUCUACGCCCGCUUCGCCCUGGCUGGAGCCCUCGGCUGCUCCGUCACGCAUGGCGCCUUCACGCCCGUCGAUGUAAUCAAAACCAGGAUUCAACUCGACCCUGCGACGUACAACCGUGGCAUGAUCGGCGGCUUCCGCCAGGUCAUCAAGAAUGAAGGAAUCGCCGCGCUUGCUACGGGCUUCGGUCCUACGUUCACAGGCUACUUUGUCCAGGGCGCCUUCAAGUUCGGUGGUUACGAGUUCUUUAAGAAGCAGUCCAUCGACCUCCUUGGCAUCGAGAAGGCCCGUCAGAACCGUACCGCCGUGUACUCCGUCUCCGCUUCUUCGGCCGAGUUCUUCGCUUCCGUCGCCCUUUGCCCCUUGGAGGCUACCCGUAUCCGGCUCGUCUCUACUCCCAGCUACGCCAAAGGUCUAGUCGAUGGCUUUACCAAGAUUCUGACUACCGAGGGAGUCGGCGCCUUCUACGCCGGCUUCGGACCGAUCUUGUUUAAACAGGUCCCAUACACGGUUACGAAGUUCGUUGUAUACGAGGAGGUUGCCGAGAACAUCCUCGCUCAAUUUGACAAGUCUAAACUCUCCGGUAGUGCCUUGACUGGUAUUAACCUGGGUUCUGGCCUAAUCGCUGGCUUUGCUGCCGCCAUCGUGUCGCAGCCGGCCGAUACGAUGCUUUCCAAAAUCAACAAGACCAAGGGACUGCCCGGUGAGAGCACCGUCUCCCGUCUCGCCAAGAUUGCCCGCGAGCUUGGCGUACGUGGCUCCUUUGCCGGUCUCCCCACGCGUCUCUUCAUGGUGGGCGGGUUGACUGCCGGGCAAUUCGCGAUAUACGGCGACAUCAAGAAAGCUCUCGGUGCUACGAAUGGUGUGGAAAUCGCCAAAUAAACGUUGAAUAGGGUGAAGACCAAACGGGUCGUAAACCAGUUGCUUAUACAUUUCUUCAGCGGGCGCUUGUUCCAUGUAGCGAGAGUCUAUCACAACACAAUGCCAAUCAUAUAAUACUUCUCUACCAACAGAUUACAUUGCUAAUACAUCCCCCUUGGUGGUGGCCGCCGUUGGUGCAUAGAUACGACUCCUCGGGACCGUUUGGCGCAGCACAUGGACUCUAGGUGCUUACUGAAGUUGUCUCCUGCACCUGAGGCCUGUCCCAUCUUGUACAAUCAUUGAUCAGCCCGCAAUGUCGAAAUGGUGUUAAGUGCCUCUGUGGUAUUCGAUCCUGUCACUCCAGCGAGCAGACAACGAGAACAGGUCCCGAGGUCACGUCUUCGCGCUCCUAGAUCAGCAACAGCUUCUGGUCUUCGUUGUUGUUCAAAUGGUACAGUUCAUGUCCUCAUAACUACUAGUU